AUGACUAGUCGCAUUCAAACAUUUGUUGAGUAUUUACUCGAUACGGAAACAACGUCGGAAAUAUGUUUUAGUCAAGCAAUUCAAAAACAUAAUGAACUCUUUCAUGCGCACCAUCGAACUGAGUUUGAACAAGUCAUCACAUAUAAGCUUCAACAAUGGCGAGAUACUAAUCGAACUGAUCAAGGUGCUGUAACCACCAUAACGUCUAAUACUGGUGUCGAACCAUCGGAAAGCAGCUCGGAGGAAGAAGAAACAUCGUCGUCGGAUGACGCAGAAGAGACAUCGGUGGAACUUGGACAAAAAAUAGUCGCUGUCGCUCUUCAACAAAUUUCUUCACAUCUCUCAGAAGUUACGAACGACGAUGACAAACGCAAACGUCUUGUUCAAUGUCUUCCAUCGGAUAUGUCCUCCUCCGCUACUCCUGAAUCUCAUCAGCCCAUUUUAACCACUAUCAAAUCUCUUCUAUCGAACACCAGCAAAGAGCAAGACCCAACAACAUAUACAUUGGACGAUAUCGAUAUUCUCUAUCCUUACUCUGCCCGCUUUCUCGAUGCACAUCAAGAUUUUCGAGAUAGCACUCAUUAUUUCAUCGACGGUGAUUCAUUGCUUCUGUCCGUUGCUCAUCAUGCUCAUGUUGAUCUCGCUUCAUUUCAUGGCAAUACUCUUCAUGUUAUUUUUAUCAUUGAACGUAUUCUUCUGACUCUUUUCAAUCAAGCACAUGAGCAUAAUUACACUCUUGUCUUUUUCGAUUGUAACUAUGAACUGUAUGCCCGCGAAGCACCGCCCAUUCUAGGUCUUCUUCGCGCAUGUCUUAUUUCUCAUCUAUGUAAGAAUGUGAAUAAGUGUGGUUUAACAAAAGUGCGCCAAUUUAAUUCAUGGCUUGACAAUGAUUAUCUUGUAUUUGCACGUGAUGAAAAACCAUUAUUCAUCUUCUAUCAUGAUAUGUCAAGCUUGAAUAAUAACAAUGAAAAUGCACUUUUAUCGGAAGAUGUUCUUCGACAACUUCUGUUUAUCUAUCGUCUCUUUGGAAAUUAUCAUCAAUAUUCAAUUUUUUGUCAUUUGUAUUUGAUGAACAAGUUAAUAUUAACCGAUACGACAGCACAAUGUUUUCAAAUUAAAUUUAAUCGAAUUUGUUCAAUGAAAUUGCUUGAGAAAUUUGUGAAAACAACAACAACAUCAUCUCGAUCUCAACUGACAGUUAACGAUCGGACAGAAGUAUUUGAAAAAUGGUGUCAAAAAACGGGUCAGAGUGAUGUGCGCCUUUUCGUCUACUUCCAAUCGAUUCUUAGUUUGAUCGAGGAUAAAACAGGGCAACAGGAUGAGAAACUGUUCAAACUUCUUAUUCCUUUACUUCUUCUUCAUGUCGCUCUUCUCGUUCGUCUGUCACUUGCUGAUCGUCAUCUUCCAUCGUUAUUUCCCUCCGUCACAUUUAGUCCAAUUCUUUCUCAACUUAUUAUCCAAUUCCAACAACGUCUCACUACAUCUCUAUCGUCAAAUUUACCAUCGACUCCAUCUUGGUCAAAAGUUGCCGAUUUGUUCGAUGGACGCCUUUUUGUCUUUACCAUCCAUCAGAUGAAUCAGUCAAAGAUUCAUCUCGAUUCAAAUACAUUUGACAUUGUUAAAGAGAGUUUAACCGUGUUGAAUUUAUCAUCGAGUGAUAAUACACUUCAAGAUGUAUUUCAAGAUAUGAUCCAGUCAAAGGAUAUCAUCUGUUCGCCAGCACCAUCAGAAAGACAAUCAAAAAUGAGCAAACAGCAACACCAAAAAAUUCGUCAUAUUACAAAUCCUCUCGUUGACACGUACCUCAAACCGAUUCUUUCAUCAAAUAAUGAACCAACAUUCGACUUGGUCGAUCCAGCCGAUUGUCAAGCAAGCAUUAUUGGCAUGCAUACAAAGAAUUAUGCCUAUUUCACUCUCUAUGGCCAUUCGCUCACAAGUCGAGACAUCAAAGAUAGUCAACUACAGAUCGUUCUCCCUACUGCGUCGACGCCAGCACCAACAAACAUAGAUACUGACUCUGGUAAAAGUACUACUGCUACUGCCUCGCACAGCGCUGACGGCAAGAACAAAAAACAACAACACAAGAAGCAACCGAAAAUGGACCAACAGACAAAGGCGCAAAAGAUAAUUGAAGAAAAUAAACAACGAAAAGCAGACAAACGUCUCGUUGAUGAGACUGACAAGAUGGCUACCGUGGAAGCUCGUAUCAAACAGAUUCCACUUGACAAUUGGCCCGAAGCAAUCGAUCUGUUAGAUAAACAUUUAGUCAAUUUUGAAACACCAACAAAACGUCUUCAAUUACUCAAACGAAAAUUUGAUUUACAACGAAAAUAUUUACGUGCACUCAAAAAAAAGAAUAUAUUAACUGAUGAAGAGAAAUCAAAAUUGAAUUUACUUCAAAUUAGUUACUUUGCCACAAUGACCGAAAUGGCUCAUCUUGAAAAUAUAGUCGAUGCAUUCAAUGAAAAGAAAAAAUUUAUGGAAGAACUUGUUGACGAUUCAGCAUUGGAUACGGAAAAAUGGUAUAGAUUUCAACUGGAAAAGAUCAAUAGUCGAUUGCCAAGACGUGAACAUGGUAUACCCGAUGAUCGUACACCUGAUUUCAUUCCGGACAAAUGGCAAGUCGAAUUUCUCGAUGCUGUGGAUAAACGUCAAUCGAUCAUUAUCGUCGCGCCUACGGCUUCCGGUAAAACAUAUGCAUCUUACUAUGCUAUGAAUAAAGUACUCAAGGACGAUCUCAAUGCAGUCUGUGUAUACAUAGCACCGACCAAGGCGCUUGUCAAUCAAGUCGCCGCUACGGUCUAUUCCAGGUUUGGUGCUGUAUUCGGCAUUUUUACGCGAGACUAUCGCAUGAAUAUGGAUACGUGUCGUAUCCUGGUAACUGUCCCAGAAUGUCUGGAAAUGCUUCUUCUAACGCCGGCUAAUCAGCGUUGGUGUAAACGAAUUCAAUAUGCCAUUUUUGAUGAAAUUCAUUGUAUGUCGGGCGAGAUUGGAUCUGAUGUAUGGGGACGAACAAUGUCACUUAUUAAUUGUUCCAUGAUUGGCCUUUCGGCAACAGUCAACAAUGGCGAGGAUAUGUGUCGUUGGCUCCAGAGUAUUGAAGAACGACGAGCUGUUCUCUUCAAAACGGCAUUACCUGGUAAAGUGUGCUUCAUUGCAUAUUAUGAACGUAUGGCCGAUUUGAACAAGUAUUUGUACACAGAGCGGCAAUUGUAUCCUCUUCAUCCGGUGGGUCUUAUGAAUGCUAAACAGUUGACAACUCGUGGUGUACCCAAAGAUUUUUCAUUGUCACCUUGUGAGACUCUACUACUCAAUGAUGCAAUGCAAAAACUAGCAGUCGAUAUUAAUAGCGCCACAACGAAUGGCGAUAUGGAACACAGACCAAUACCCACACUGACCGAACACUUUGCGCCCGCAUGGGUUACUGAACGGAGUGCUUGCAAUGCUUAUUCGCGUGUUGUCUGCAAUCAAUUCGAUCGUUUAAUUGCCAAUAAGCAAAAUUCAGUCAUCGAUUCUAUUGCUACAUCACUCAGUGUCACAACUUCAAACAAAGUUCACUAUCCAGAACCGAAACGCAUGUCGACAUUGAUCGUCGAAUUUUUGUUGACACUUAAAGAAAAAAAUCUCUUGCCAUGCAUCGUCUUUUCGGAGAGUCGAACACUGUGUGAAGAAUUAGCUGCAAGUGUCGCUGAUUAUUUUGAAGAGAUUGAACGCGGUCUCCGACAGACAAAGUACAAGAAUCAAAUUGAAACACUCCAAAAACGAAUGAAACAAAUUGAGAAAUCUCGCAAAGUAGCGAUGGCAAAGAAAAUGGCUAAAUCGUCGGCUAAACGAGCUCUUGAUGACUAUGAAGAUGGUGAUAAUAAUGCGACUGAAAUGCAAAUGAUCGAAGAUGAUGUCAAUAACCAGGCACAAUUGUCUGGACACGAGCAAGAUCUACUCAACGGUGUACUGGAAGAAGGUACACUGGCCAACCGACAUGGAUGUGAUCGAGAAUUGGUCGAGACAUUAUUAAAAAGAGCAUCGUGGGAAAAUCCUAGAUUGGUUGGCUAUAUGAAAAGAGGUGUUGCUUAUCAUCAUCCUGGAUUGAAUAACAAGGGUCGAGUAGCGGUCGAAGCUCUCUUUCGCAAUCGAUACGUUCAGAUCAUCUUUUCUACAUGGACGCUAGCCUUGGGUAUUCAUAUGCCGACAAAAACGGUAGCCUUUGCCAAAGACUCAAUCGAUCUUGAUGCACUUCGAUACCGGCAAUCAUCGGGUCGUGCCGGUCGUCGUGGUUUCGACGUGGAAGGUCACAUUGUCUUUCUCGAUAUUCCAUUAUCAAAAAUUCGCCAUUUGACCAUUUCGGCUAUACCCAACAUUCACGCACACUUUUCGACAACUGUCACAUUUCUUAUGCGUCUUCUUUACUUGUGUUCAUAUUCCGAAGAUUCCAAAGAUGCCAUCAAUCGAUCAUUGGUUGCACUGGAAUGUCCGUUCAUCGGACAAAUGUCUGGCAAAAAACUCUUGAUCGAUAUUCAAGUUCGCGUUCAUUGUUUGCACACACUCGAUUUUCUACAUCGACUCAAUUUAAUUAACAAAUACGGCGAUCCAAUCGGUCUUGCUGGAAUCUUGAGUCAUUUACAUGAUUUUGAACCGGCAAACAUCUUGCUCGUGUAUCUCAUGGACACUUGCCUGUUUCACGGACUGGAGAAUGACGAUGACAUUGUCACCGUACUUGCAUAUCUCUUCACCAACACGCCGUGGUUGAUUACGCAUAAACAACAUGAAACGCUUUCGUCGAUGAGACGGCACCGAAUGUACAAUUCAAAGUUAUUUCUCCCAUCAAUAUCGAAUGAAUUUCAAGAUCGUCUACAAUCGUACAAUUCAGUUGUCAAAGAUGUAUAUGGUUUCUAUAUAGAAAAUGUGACACGGCGUAUGCGUUCUCUCGCUGACAGUCAAGAAAAUGUCUUACCAUUCUCCAAUAUUUCAUUUGCUCGUUCAACCGAUUAUGAUAAUGGUACAUUCGAGUAUGAUCUUCAUCAUCAUUAUUCACAACAAUCUCAAAAUCCAUCGAUCUCUCCGUUUGCCGGUCCGUCCGGUUUGACACAUCAACGAUUCAUGUCAGUCUACAAUCCGGCAGUUGGUUCGUGGGAUCUUGCCUAUGAUCUCAAUUUGUCACCACGAAUAGUUCCAUUUGUCGAUGUUGACUGUCGUGACCAUACAAAUUCAGCAUACCAUCUGAAUAGUUAUGCAUUGGAUUUCUUUAAACAUGGAUCAGAAAAAUUGUUGAUCGACGAAAAUCAGUUAUUACGUGGUGAAACAUACAGUCUUCUAUCAGAUUUUCUUCUUGUACUUUCAUCGGUCAAAAAAUCAUUGGAAAUAAUUGUGGCUCAUGAAGAAAAACUGCCGAAACCCAACGAUAUGAAAUUUUUUCUAUCCUUAGCCAAAAAAAUGUCUGGUGUCCAGCAAAUUUUCUCAAGCAAACACAACAAACAGUAUCCAAGUCGGAACAAGAAGUAA